AUGGCCAGCAAGUGCACCAUUCUACUGCCAUUCGUGGAGCUCGAUUCUGGGCGGUUCUCGUCUCGCUCUGCUUUGCCUCACAUUACGGCCAUCACUACGGCCCUGCCCACAGUCACUCGGGAGCUAGACGGAGAGGAGAACUAUGUCUGGAUCGCCAAUGCAUACACGUUGGCUUCGGCAGCCAUCCAGCCAUUGGUUGGACAGAUCUCUAAUAUUGUCGGUCGCCGGUAUCCCAUGAUCGUUUCGAUGUGUUUGUUUGCCUUGGGGAGUGGUCUGUGUGGCGGUUCGACCUCCGCAGCGAUGAUGAUUGCCGGGCGCGCAGUACAGGGGCUUGGAGCCGGUGGCAUUCUCCUGCUGCUCGAGGUGAUCGUUAGCGACCUGGUGCCGGUGCGAGAACGCGCCCAGUUUGUUGGGAUUGCACUCUCUACGUGCGCGCUAGGAACCUCGCUGGGCCCAUUGGUUGGGGGCGCCCUAGUACAGCAUGCCAGUUGGCGGUGGGUGUUCUACAUCAACCUCCCCUUUGCUGGGCUGGCCCUGGUCGCGCUGGUCCUGUUCUUGAACGUCAAGCAUCAACAAGAGGCCUCCUGGCGUCGCGCUGUAGCCCGCGUCGACUGGGUAGGCAACGCCAUCUUCAUCGCGGCCAGCUGUGCCAUAAUGUACGCCCUAGUGAUUGCGGGAUCCAUUUACUCUUGGUCCUCGUCCCAUGUGCUAUUACCUCUGAUCCUGGGGUCACUUGGCUUGGUGCUUUUCCUUGCCUUUGAGACUUCGCCCUACUGCUUAGAACCCACUAUGCCCCCCCGGCUGUUCUGCACGCGCACCUCCAUGACGGCGUACAUUCUGGCCUUCUUGGCCGCCAUGCUGCUGCAGUGGGUUGUUUAUUUCCUGGCCUUGUUCUUUCAGUCUGUUCAAGGUCAAUCGACCACCAUGUCCGGGGUGGAUGUGAUCCCCUUAACAGGAUGCCUGAUCCCGUCGGCCAUCCUGGGCGGUGUAAUCAUGGGAAAGACCGGCGUCUAUCGCCCUCUGCACCUGGCAGGGUUUGCGCUCCUGUCUCUCUCUCUGGGCCUCUUCAGCACUUGGAAUGCCACUACACCCCGCGCUGAGUGGGUUGUUCUCCAGUGUUUGGCUGGUGUGGGGCAUGGUCUGCUGCUGACCAGUCUUCUCCCUGCCAUCCAGGGAGCUCUUCCGGAGACUGACAAUGCGGUUGCAACAGCGGCGUAUGCUUUUCUCCGUAGCUUUGGAUUUGUCUGGGGCGUGGCAGUACCGGCGGCGGUCUUCAACGACCAAGUUGACCGUUUUGUCUCGCGCGUGUCGGACCUGACCGUCCGUAAUCAGCUUGCGCACGGGGGCGCUUACGCCCUGGCUGGAACUUCUUUCGUUUCUAAGCUGGGAGCUGACGCUUCUACUGUUCUCGGGGUCUACACAGAUAGCUUGCGGACGGUGUGGCUUGUUGGAAUGGCGCUUGCCUUGCUCGGCUUUGUGUUGGUAGGGUUGGAAAGACAUAUUGAGUUGCGGCCCACGCUGGAAACUGACUUUGGACUUGAAGAGGUUGCGGCCAAGGCUGAGGAUGGUGUUAUUCAGACACGCGAGCCAAACGGGAAUAUGAAUUAA